UCAAUCUUCUCGGCGAAACGCGUGUAUCCCUUCUGUGGGACAUUUCCCUGGCAUGCAGCAUUCCUGACACGGGGGAUUGUUUGGGAUCUUUACAGAUUCCACGUAACGGUUGGCAAUGAGGCUUAUGAUCUUAUAUCUCUCACCUCGUCUCUUGUCUUCGGUGCAAUAGAAAACCUUCACUGCCCUAUACACAAUAUGACAUUGUUACUCAACUUACACGCGCUCUUUACCGCCAUUGUUUUUGCCAAUCUUUCAACCAGAUGCAGCGCACAGCUCUCUGGACGUGACUUUUGCUCCACACCGGCGCCCGAUGAGUCACUCCGAGCAGAGCACAGGAGAUUGUAUGAUCUACAGGCCCAACGUGGCAGCACCGCUGAGGAAAGCCGGGAGGUGGUGUCUAUGAUUGAAAUCGAGACAUGGUUUCAUAUCGUAAGCAGCAAUGAAGCAUCCAACGCAGUAUCAGACGACAUGAUCACCAGUCAGCUUUCCUAUCUUCAGAAGGCAUAUGAAAGUGCGACUAUCAGCUAUCGGUUGGAGGGCAUUACUCGUCAUAUAAAUGACUCUUGGGCGCGAAAUGAUGACGAAUUGGGGAUGAAGAAUGCCCUACGAAGGGGCAAUUAUAGCACUUUGAAUGUCUAUUUCCAAACAGAUCUUCAGGCGUCUUCCGACGACACUUCUCGGGGCUUCCCCUAUAACGGCAAUCGACGAACAGAUGUAUCGGGUCAAUCAUCAACAACUGUCCUUGGCUUCUGUACGUUGCCUGAUCCGAGCGUGAAUUCCAGCAGCCCUCGUUCUAGUUACAUCAAGGAUGGUUGUAACGUGUUAGCCGAUACCAUGCCGGGUGGUAGUUUAGCGCAGUACAACCAGGGCGGCACAGCGGUUCAUGAGGUUGGCCAUUGGAAUGGGCUGCUGCACACGUUCGAAGGUGAAUCGUGCUCCCCUGAUAAUGAAGGAGAUUACAUUGAUGACACCCCUGAGCAAUCGGAGCCUACGAGCGGAUGCCCCGCCGAGAAGGAUUCAUGCCCAGAUCUUCCUGGCCUUGAUGCAAUCCAUAAUUUUAUGGACUAUUCAUCUGAUGACUGUUAUGAGAGUUUUACUCCAGAUCAAGCUGAGAGGAUGAGGAGCAUGUGGUCCGCUAUGCGGGAAGGGAAGUGACGGAGGACGCAUGCAGGGGUAUAUAUAAUUUGCACAUAUACCAGCUAUAGAUAGAAAAGAAUGGCAGCACGAAUAUUAAUGUCUCAUUCCUGGCCCCUCGAGUUCCUUGGGAACUG